CCCCAUUAUUAAACAUUAUGUUCAAAAGGCGCCGGGGGACUUCCCGGAGCCGCGGAGCCCGCGUCGCCCUCCCGCCUGGCCCACGGAGUCCAUGGACCUGAGCGCGGCCGCCGCGCUGUGCCUCUGGCUGCUGAGCGCCUGCCGCCCUCGCGACGGGCUCGAAGCGGCCGCCGCUGCCCCGGCCGCCGCGGCUCCCGGGGCCCGCGCUGCGCGACGCGCUGCCGGCUCCGGCUUCAGGAACGGCUCGGUGGUGCCGCACCAGUUCAUGAUGUCGCUUUACCGGAGCCUGUCCGGGAGGGCUCCGGCCGGGGCAGCCUCCGCCUCCACCUCGGGCUCUGGCCGCCACGGCCGCGCGGACACAAUCACCGGCUUCGCAGACCAGGCGACCCAAGACGAAUCGGCAGCCGAGACCGGCCAGAGCUUCCUAUUCGACGUGUCCAGCCUUUCCGACGCCGACGAGGUGGUGGGCGCGGAGCUGCGCGUGCUGCGCCGCGAGUCUCCGAAGCUGGGCUCAGGCAGCGCGACUCCGCCGCCGCUGCUGCUGCUGUCCACGUGCCCCGGGGCGGCCCGCGCGCCGCGCCUGCUGCACUCGCGAGCCGCCGAGCCCCUGGACGGCGCGCGCUGGGAGGUGUUCGACGUGGCGGACGCAGUGCGGCGCCACCGCCGGGAGCCGCGCGCCACCCGCGCUUUCUGUCUCUUGCUGCGCGGAAUGGCCGGGCCGGCGAGGGGCCCGCUGGCACUCCAGCUGCUGGGCUUCGGCUCGCGGGGUGGAGGCGGCGCCGCGGCGGAAGAGCGCGCGCUGCUCGUCGUCUCCUCCCGCACGCAGAGGAAGGAGAGCCUGUUCCGGGAUAUCCGAGCUCAGGCCCGCGACCUCGGGGCCCCGCUGGCCGCGGAGCCACCGCCCGACCCGGGACCCGGCACCCGCUCGCCGAAAGCGGUCAUCGGCGGUCGCAGGCGGCGGCGGACAGCGCUGGCUGGGACGCGGGCGGCGCAGGGCAGCGGCGGGGGCGCGGGCCGGGGCCACGGGCGCAGGGGUCGGAGCCGCUGCAGCCGGAAGCCGCUGCACGUGGACUUCAAGGAGCUGGGCUGGGACGACUGGAUCAUCGCGCCGCUGGACUACGAGGCGUACCACUGCGAGGGCGUUUGCGACUUCCCGCUGCGCUCGCACCUUGAGCCCACCAACCACGCCAUCAUUCAGACGCUGCUCAACUCCAUGGCGCCCGACGCGGCGCCCGCCUCCUGCUGCGUGCCCGCGCGCCUCAGCCCCAUCAGCAUCCUCUACAUCGACGCCGCCAACAACGUGGUGUACAAGCAGUACGAGGACAUGGUGGUGGAGGCGUGCGGCUGCAGGUAGCAGGCGGGCCAGGCCGGGCCAGGGAACCGGCAGCCGAGGACCCCUUGCUGAAGAGCAGCAGUGGGCCAGGCCUGUCGUCGCCAAGCGUGGAUGUGCGUCGGGCUGUGGCCUCGCGCACGCACGGAAGAGGGAGAGCACACGUUCACACUCACACCCGCACGUUCACUCAUGCACACAUUUUCCGUGGAAGCGUCCGAAAGACCUGGGAAGAGAUGACCUGCCGCUACUGAAUGUCACAGCCAUGUAUAGUCUGCCAACAGAUCACCACUGCGCCCUCUGCCCCCUUUUGGGGAGAUGAUGGUGUUUGUGUCAAUGUUAGAAUAACAGGCACUAAAUCAGGUAGAAACAGGUUAGGGAAUUGGGGGCUCCAGAAUGGGUGAACUAAAGAGGUACUUGCUUUUUUGUUUCUGGCCGAGUGUGGGGCCUGGCCGGCUGGGUGGCUGAGUUCCCUGUGUUGCACCUGGGUCCGACUGAAGGGCUGCAGUGCCCUUUCUGAGGGUUCACGUCACACCGAGGUCACUUACUCUGGGAAGGAGUUGCUCCUACAGGCCUUCCCUCUUUUCUUUAACUUUUAAAAUCUAACGUGCUCCCUCAGUUUUGAGAAGGAACAUUUGUCUGAAAGAAUGCUUUGUGGAGCUUCCCAGAUCUCUGCAAAGAUCAGCAUCACCCUUUUUAUCAGUUCCGAUUGGGAAUGAUCUAGAAAUUGGAGAAAAUAUUUUUCUUUUGCGGGGAAGCGAAAUGGAGAGGCUUUAAACUGUGAGUCUGAGCUGAUGGGAAAUUGGGGGCUGGGUAGCAUCUGCCAGGUUCUGAAGCUCAUAAGCUGGGCAGCCCGAGGUGGUGGCAGUGCCUUGGGGGCAUGCAGGAGGAAGCUAGUGCAAUGGCUGGGAAUGGGGAGAGGUGGGCAGCUAUGGCUUUUUCCAGAGAUCUGCCAGGAAGUUUUCCUAAGGAGCUGGCGAAGCCCUCUUUCUCAGGGCUUGAAAGAGGCAGGGAGGUGUCCGGGGGCCGGCUCUUGCAGAGGACUCAGGCUUCUCUGCCAGGUAGGCACAGCCUCUCCAAAUGGCAUACUCAGAGUGAGCCCACGUGUGCUUGUGCUUAGCUAUCAAGUCUGUGUCAGCUGUUACAUGCUUUCACUCUGUUGUUGCUGUAGUUUUGGCAGUGUGAUAAUGGGAAGUGAAGCCACAGAAAAGUGCUUUUGUGAGCAGAGCAGCAGGAAGGUCUGCCCCUCCCCUCUUGCUCUGUGAAGGGGCAUUUGCAGCUUGGCUGCUGUGACCCCUUCAGAAGGGCUGGGCCUUGGUGUGCAGGAGC